AUGAAACUACUCAAAAAGUCCAGCUCUCUCAAAAAAGGAGUGACGAAACGCGCCAAACUCCAAAAGAAACCUCCAUCUAAAGAUGAAGCAUCUUCUUCAGAUGAGGAGUUGGCCAAGUUGGAUGGAGAAGGAAGCUUAGAUGGGAACGAAUCGGAAGAGGAUGACGGAACGGUGCAAGUUGAGAAAGGUGGAAUGAAAAAACACAAGUUGGAUUUGGAAGCACUGAAAAAGAGUGAUCCAGAAUUCUUCAAAUUUCUUCAACAAGAGGAUGCUGAUCUUUUGAAUAUGGAAGAGGAUGAGGAUGACGAUGAAGAGGGAGAAGACAAUGAGGAUGAAGAAGAUGAAGAAGAAGAGGAGGAAAGUGAUGAAGAUGACGAUGAAGAGGAUGACGACAAAACAAAGAUCAAGAAGAUCCGAAAGCCAAAAGUGAAAAGCGAUAGUUCAGGACGGCUUAUCGUGGAUUCCAACGUCUACUCUUACCUUCAACAAGUUCUUGUUCUGGACGAUGAGACGACUACUCCAAUCAAUCCAUCUGAUGUUCGUAUGGCGAUUGAUGUAUUCGUUGCCUGCGUGGCCCGAGUUGGUGCUGAUAUUGAAGCUCCGAAGUAUGUGAUCAACGAGCAAUCGAUUUUUGAGGCAGUAGUCAGAAUGUGCUUCCAAGCGAUGCCAGAUGUUCUUAAACGACUUCUGAAGGCUAGACCAGAUGGCGAGAAAGUGCUUUUUUCCAAAACUAUGAUCAAAAAGUAUCAAACCUAUGUAAGAACCUAUCUCCAUGCUAUGAUUGUCUUCCUUAACGAAGUUCAAACCACUGAAGUGAUCAUCGCAACACUCAAAGCGAUCACCAGACUCGUUGAUCUCUAUGCUCAUUUCUCAAGAAUGUCCAAGCUCCUCAUCAAGGCCAUCGUCAAAAUCUGGAGUCGUAAGACUCUCGAAUGCCGUCUACCUGCAUUCGUCUGCAUGAAUCUUCUUGUCAAAAACUACCCACAACACUUCGUUCCUCUAUAUAAAACUGCCUAUGUUGCAUUUGUUGCCAACUCGAAAGUCGUUACCAAUGAGACCUGGCCACUUCUGCAGUUCAUGCAUCGAACAUUUGCCGAAAUUACUAUGAUCAAUCCCGAACAAGCAUACAAAUACGCGUUCGUCUAUAUCCGUCAAACCGCGGUGCAUCUUCGAAACGCUAUGAUUGCCAAAGGUAGAAAGGAUUUGAUCUUUUCGAUUUACAACUGGCAAAUGAUGCAGUGUAUGUACAUGUGGGUUCGAGUGAUUGCAAAGGCUCACUCGGUAAAUGGUGCUGAGCAAAUCGGAGAGCUCGUCUAUCCACUUAUUCAAGUCAUCGUAGGAAUCUUCAAACUUUGCAAUGCUCCAACCUUCUUGCCACUACGUCUCCAUUGUUGUCAAAUGCUUAUUCAACUUCAAGCAAGUUGUACCAACUACAUUCCUAUUAUGCAAUUGUCUUGCGAUUGUCUGGAAGAGCUGGCCCGCGAGCUGAAAUCUAAGCCAAAACCUGCUAAAGGUGCUGUCAAACUUCCGGAUAUCGAAUGCACCCUGAAAUGCUCUACCCAAUAUUCUGAUCUUCCACAAUGGCGUAAGACUAUUUCGGAGCACGUCUUCAGGACCAUGAUGCAAUCAGCUCAUCUUCUAGCCAGUCAGGCAGCAUUCCCUGAUGUCGCUUUGCCGAUCAACCACAGAAUCGCCACAAUUUUGGAUACGAUGAAGAAUGCGGAUCAAGCUCAUCUAUUCCGCGGUUUCCAAACCAAGUUGAAGGAACAUUCUCGAUUUGUUCUCGAUGUGUUGGCUCGAAAACACGUGGAUUUGAAUGAUGAGAUGCAAGUGCGUGCCGUUCGUUUCGAUCUCAACAACCCUGAUUCACCGAUCAAGUCAUUCUACAGACAAUGGGAGAAGGUGUGGAAGAUGAAGGAAAAAAGUGCACUCGAGAAUUCAAAGAAGGAUGAUAAGAAGAAAAAGAAAGAGGAAGAAGCGGCGAAGAAACGAAAAGCCACAGAGACGCUGGAAGACGACGACGAUGAAGACGCCAAACCAACGAUUCCAAAAGCCAAAAGGAAGAGAAUCAAGAUUGGAGCAGCUGCGAAGAGGGCGGAUGCAACUGUUCCGGAUCAAUUCGCCGAUAUGUCACUGGCCAAUUGGAGUGACGAGGAUUAG